UUCGAUCUCGUUACGAUCAUUCAGCACUCUCUUAAGCACACGACGAUAUCAACCACAUAAUCCCAGAUCCCCAUCAUACUUGUUACACUAUGGGUUGCCAGAUAUCAAAAGUUCAACAGUCCGACACUCACGAAGAUGAUAGCGAGGCUGUCACUACCCGUGCAUCUAGAACUAAAGCUAAAAAACAAUUGGGUACCUAUUAAUUCACAAGACGUUGAUUGAGACAAGCUAAUAAAAUGCCACUAGAUUGUUCACUCGAAAAGCUACCCACAGAAAUUAUCCUAAGAAUCAUGCAAUUCCUCUCAGUUUACCAUAUCUCCAUCGCACUCACAUGUCCCCGCAUGUAUAAAAUAUUCAAAGAUGUGCAUCCCCAACCUCUCAGUCUUUGCAGCACAGGUGUCCCGCCUCGCCUUGAUCCUUCCAACACGAAACGCAUGCAUUUAAAACUUUUAGAGUACGCGUGGAUCAUGAGAGUGUAUGAGCCAAAGGACUAUAUAUUCGAAGUAAUAAUGACACGCAAGUGUAAGCGCGUACCAAACGAUAAAAUUUAUCGUUAUCAAUACUAUGGUCGAUUCCUUUGUCGUCCAUACUAUGACAAUCAGAAGAAUCGCACAGAUCUCAAGCAUAGGUACCGAGAUUAUGAAUUAUACACCCAGUGCUGGUCUAAACAAAUGCCGAAGGACUUUCAUUAUCCAUACCCAUACAAUAAAGGACGAUUCAUGUAUGAGAUGGAAAUGAAGGAAGCUAUUCAUGUACUGUUUGAUUCGAUGGAUGAUGUAUCUCCUGAUGAGUACAAGGAACGCAUAUUUUUUAUGUGGAAGUUCCUGAAAAUUGGAUCAAAUGCAGAGGUGAAUGGCCUGGUCACUGCGAAUCUAUCUUUGAAAUAUUUUGGUCAGUGGAGGGAGAUGAUGGAGUUUUGAUUAACGACUGAAAAAGGGCUGAGAGGGCAAAGUCUCGGACUGAAGGUUUGUGGUGCCAUUGAACACCCCUU